GUCAGAUGUGAACAGAAACCCAUGUGAAAAUGGAAGGAGACGCGGCUUCUCCAAACUCCUGGGCUGCAAGUAAAGCAGGAUAUAUCCUGAGUAAUGUUGCCGAAGUCGUAGAGAGGAUUUUGACAUUUGUGCCGACUAAAACUCUCUUUCGGAUAGCAAGUGUUUGCAGGCUAUGGAGGAACUGUGCACGCCGAGUCCUGAGGACCCAGCAGAGACUGACCUGGCUCUCAGCCACUGGCUCAUCUAUAUAUCAGGAGCAUGUUCUGCUCAGGACUAUGGCAGAAGACUUGGAGAAUAUCUACCUGCUACCCCAGACAGCUCUCUUAAUGAUAGAUGGGGAAAACUUCAAUGGGCCUUUUAGUUACAGACACAAAAAGGCCAGGAAGUGUGAGGUGGAGUUAAACCCUGUCGAGAAGCUGAGAUGCUUACUGCCUAGCAGCUGUGACAUAGUAGCCGUUGUCGCACCAGGAAUUGUGGUGACCCCCAGUGGUUUGCCUAGCAACCCCCCACAGGAGUAUGAGCAGGGGGAAGCUGGCUUCAGCCUGCUUUUCCCUGCAAUGGAUGGGGUCAGCAUCCGGCCUUUCCACUUCUGCAAAAAGAGCCUCAGUGAAACUGCAAUGGAGGAAGCAGGGUUGAUUAACAACCCAGAUUUAAAGGUGGUGAUGUUGUUCAACUAUGAGACCUAUAAUCCUGGAGGUGGACGCUUUCUUAACAAGCUACUGGAACCCCUUUCCCAAAGUAAUGUACUUAUUGUUGGAGGACAAGUGGAAAGGGUCUUUUCCUAUGACUUUAUCUGCUGUUCUUCAGGCUCUUUUGGGGCAGUGGGACUGACCUUUAAUGGCUCCAGGAUCCAGGGUGCCUCAGUAUUGGUGGAGCAGGAUGUAAGUAGCCCCAAAGCAGCAGAGGCCACUAUCCAGCGGCUGAAGGCUGCCAAUAUCCCUGAGAGAAACACCAUUGGCUUCAUGUUUGCCUGUGUGGGGCGUGGCCACAACAGCUAUAAUAACCAGCAUAACGUGGAGGCUGACGCCUUUCGGAAGAUCUUCUCCAACGUUCCACUUUUAGGAUUCUUUGGAAAUGGAGAGAUAGGCUGUGACCGCAUAGUCAAAGAGAACUACACACUUAGUGAGACUGAUACUGAUGGACUACAACACUCUUUUACUACAGUCAUGAGUCUGGUGCAUUUUGGCUAAAUUGCACUCAAACAUGCACAUGCAUUGAAGCAUGGCAAGGGACCAAUCAAUCCUAGUUAACUUGGUGUUUCAGGUCAAACUUUUGCUGCAUCCCCGAUCAGGUCUGUUUGUCAACCGAUCUAAUUCUCCAAGGUUCUUUGCCCUGAAUAUUCUUAAUUCAGGAUGUCAGAGGGACACUUUGCAGUUUUUCGACACCAAAUUCACAAGACUGCCAUUGAGUAGCACCUGUCAUGAACACGGGAAGUGUUGAAUAUCAGUUUUGGAAUAAUUUGUUUUAAAGCUAACUAUGAUGGAUGGCAAUUGAAUCAUCCAUUCAUCAACCUUGGUACUAGUGGAAUUCCAGUACCAUCAUUUCUGUUUUUUUUUUUUUUAAAUGUACUCCAGACUGAUUGCAUACCCACUGCUUGUAUUCAAUAACAAGUGCUAUUAACCACUGAAGGAAAUUGCAAGAAUGGAAGGUGAGUUGGCCCUGAAAAGGUUUCAGUAGUAGAGUAAGGAACCCUUAUCCAUAUCAGCGCAUAACUAUAUAUGCAGUAAUGGAUAUUAUAACCUGUUGUAAAUAACCAGGUGAGUGUAAUAAAGGACAGAAGUGAGAAAAUAUUUGCCCUAACUAUGCUAAAUACAUCAAGACCAUUCUUAAAUGGAUGUUUCUAUUGAUGACUAAAACCAAAACGGUUUAUUUGUUCUGCUCCUUUAAUUCCAACAGGAUAUGCCUUCAUUCUGGUUCAUGAACUUAUGUUGCUAGUUGACAAUUUCAUUAAAUUAUUCAGCUUCUCUGCGCUUGCUAUAUUUCACAGAGAUUAAUGAAAUCUCAUAGUGUCUACUGGCUCCUUUGUGAAGUAUUGGUUUGAACGUUGUAAACAUUGGUUUACAAAGUGCAGUGUAUUUGUCAAAUCUCUUAUUUUUGUCAACCUUUGUUCUAUUCAAUGUGCUGUUGUAUUGUAUGGCCUACUGAUAGUCAGCUUGUUUUCUCCUGCCAUAUCUGUGAGUCAAAUGGAGAGUUGGUUUUAUUUGUCAUGUGUUUUAUGGCAGAUUGUUGGUUUUCCUUCUCUAUUAAAAAAAAGUUCUCAAUCUACAUGUGAUGCUCAAAUUAGUCAUACAGUUGUCGGCCAAUGAUGUGUACAUUUUCAUGUAUGUGAUCUGAGCAAAGCACAUGUCCAUAAUAAAAUCAAU